UGCUAUAACACACAUUGUAUAUAAAGAAAGGAACCUUCCCAUUGCAUGACUUAGGAAGAAAUUUACACAAAUCUUCCUCAAGAGUUCCUAUACCCUUUUAUAAACCUAAAGUCUAUCCUCAUUAAUCUCUCUAAAUCCUAAAAUGGGGACUGAAAAGCUUAGAUCUUGUGCAAACUUCCUAGAGAAUUCUAUGCCCUACUUUGCCAUGAUCCUUUUACAAUUUGGCUAUGCAGGCAUGAAUGUUAUAGCUAAGCUUUCUCUCAAUGGAGGCAUGAGUCACUAUGUCCUUGUUGUAUAUCGCCACGCUAUUGCAACUAUUGCUAUAGCUCCAUUUGCCAUUAUCUUUGAAAGGAAGGCUCAACCAAAGAUUACAUUUCCCAUUUUCAUACAAAUUUUCCUCCUAGCUCUUCUUGGGCCAGUGAUAGAUCAAAACUUAUACUAUGCUGGGUUGAAAUUAACAUCCCCAACCUUCUCAUGUGCAAUCAGCAAUAUGCUACCAGCAAUGACAUUUGUGAUUGCGGUUUUAUGCCGGAUGGAAAAGAUCAACAUGAAGAAGUUGAGAUGCCAAGCAAAGGUAAUUGGAACAAUGUUAACUGUGGCUGGAGCAAUGUUGAUGACCUUAUACAAAGGUCCUAUUGUGGAGUUGUUUUGGACUAAAGAUACACUUCAUAGUAAAAACAAUACAUCAAACAUCACAACAUCCUCAAGCAAGGAUACUUGGCUCUUAGGCUCCACUUUGCUAAUUAUUUCAACUUUGGCAUGGGCAUCCCUCUUUGUUUUACAAGCUAAAGCUAUAGAAACAUACAAGAAUCAUCAACUUACACUCACAUCACUUAUAUGUUUCUUUGGUACGCUUCUAGCUUUUGCUACCACUUUGGUUAUGGAACAAAAAGCUUCUGUAUGGACAAUUGGUUGGGAUAUGAAUUUAUUAGCUUCUGCCUAUGGGGGGAUUGUUGCAUCAAGUAUAUCAUACUACGUACAAGGAUUGGUCAUAAAAAAGAAAGGGCCUGUUUUUGCAACUUCAUUUAGCCCUUUGAUGAUGAUCAUUGUAGCAAUCAUGGGAUCCUUCUUCCUUGCAGAGCAUAUUUUUCUUGGAAGUGCAAUUGGUUCCAUCUUGGUUGUGACAGGCUUAUAUUCUGUUUUGUGGGGAAAGCACAAAGAACAAGUGGAAAUGAAAGUGGCGCCAGAUGAUGAAAAACCGUUGCCUACAAAGAGUGCUCGGUUAAAUGGAAAUAUAGGGAAACUUUCUGAAUCCAUUGAUCAACUUAGUGAAGCAAAAUCAUUUCAGAAAGUAGAACCAAACAUUUCAGUAGUUAUUAUUAAUUGCACCAUAAGUUAACCAAAGGCAUAAGCAAUCUAAAAUAUUUGCAUAUGUGAACUAUAAAUUGGACUAAAAAUGAUGAAAUUUUCUUUGGCUAAGCAACAUUUUAAUAUGUUGUUACCCUAUUGAAACAUUUGAUGAAUUUGCUUAGUUGUUGUGUGGUGAA